CUUUGGGCUGGGAUUAUGUUGGAGAAUUUCUGGAUAAUUGUUCUAGGGUCUUGGUUGGUUCCUUUCAUAGAAGUGUUGUAAGGGAGGGCCUUGCAGAGGUCAUCCUAGCGAAGGUUCAUCUUGCUUUUUCUCUGUAAUACAGUUCUUACAGCUGAGGAUUUGCUGUGGACUCCCAGAUCGACUGACUUUCUCCCUUGCUUCUUGUAGGGGGAAACUGCAGUGUUUACAACAACAUUUGCUGGUUCUGUUUGCCUAAACAAAAGAAAAAUACAUUCCUUCAGUUUAAUUAAGGGGGCCCUCAUUGGUUUCUUGCACAGUGUCUUAUGCACCAGAGGGAACGGUUUAUAAUAGUACUUCCAGGCUUUCCCUGUAUUCAAAUGUUGUAACAGCUUUAGCUACUACACCUGUACAAUUUAAAGCAGUACUUUUCUGUAGCAGUGAUACAGUCCUAGGAAGGGUGUAGGAGGGAGUCUUAAAAUCUACUGGUGUAUGCUUAUUGGUAUAAGGAUGUUUUAUACUUGCUGUUAAUACUAUUCUGGCAAGCAGAGUUAAAAACAUAUUAAAAAAAAUUACAACGUCAUCUUUAAUUGAUGGAGUUACGUUGGCAUAAAAAUUUGGUUAGCCAGCAUUUAAAUUAGUGGUGUGCAGACCUCUAAUAAACUUGUCACUAAGUAACUAGUAUAAUUUUUAAUUGAAUAGUUUGAUGUAGAUCUUCAUUUGUGUUUUUUAAGGAGUGCUUAAGACUGAAGUCUGAAUAAAGUUCAGACUGUAAAGCUGUCUUAUUGUAAUUGUGCAGGUCUGGGACUGUCUGAAAUUGUGCAUACACAGUAAUGUUACACAACUUUUAUGAAGACUUUUUUCCAUAAAAAUCACCUAGAGUUGUCUCACAGUAUAUCCAGUGUAGGUAGGCAAAAUAGAUACACAGUUGAUGAAACAGGCAGUUAAUGUCUUGAAUGUACAUAUAUUAUUGGCUGGCUGUGAGAUUAGAAAUUUGAAUUGAACCAUACUGUAGAAAGUGGCAUUAUAAGAGAAAUAGUGAGGCCCAUUAUUCAGAGAAUAUAUUUUUGUUAGAUACAGCAGAGUUCUGUCUGCUUGGUCUUCUUGGAAACACUUAGCUGAAGAACCAGCAGACAUAUUCUGUGUAGCAGUUCUGUCCUGGGUGAUUGGUGUUUAUCAGAAGGGAGGGAGUGUGUGAAUGCUCCAGUCAUGGCCCCGAGCAGAACUGUUAGCCCCUGUGCAGACAGCUGUGCUCCAGGUUGUGCUUGCUGACUCCAGCACCCAGGUGAAAGGAUGACACUGAAGUGGGACUAAAUGACAGGCUGCAGCCUCUAGAAGUAGUAAAUACAGGUGUGGAUGGUUUCCAGUGCCCGGGUGUAGGAUUCUGUACCUGUGCUUGUGGUAUGUCAAAGUCCUCUGUUUGGUUAGGGGAAAGGUAGGGAGACUUCACAGGGAUCUGAGGAUGCCCAUCCAGAAACAUGAGAUUCGAUGUCCCAUUUUUCAUGCCAUGUACACAACUGCUCUGGCCCAUCCUGCCAGAGGCUGUGGCCAGGUACCUUGUCCAGCACAGCCAAUGCUAUGGCACAGGCUCCUGCAGCUGGGGCCUGGCUCCUACCUGUCCAUGCAGCCCUGCCAGAUCGAGCACUGCUGGCUCUGCCCGAGUCCAGCAGUGUCCGUAUGGCCAGAGCUUUGUGCCUUCAGGACAGAGGCUUCCUGCCCUUGAACCAUCUUUGUCCUGGAUCUGGAAGGGACACCACCCUGCCAGUAUUCCUUGGGCUGCUGAGAGCAGUCAGCUUUUCUUACCCACUCUUCAUUUGAGCUGGCUGAGCAGCACCUGUGGAAGUGCUGUCCUUCACCUUCCCCGUGAGAGUGUUACUGCUUCAUCUCAUCCUGAGGACAGUGCUGUGCCCAUGAAUCAAGGCAGAGCAGUAAGCUGGUCCACUGUACUCUGAGCCAUCUUCACUGCCUGUACAGUUCUGAAUGAUUUAAUGAGUUUAGAACUGUGUGUGGUAAUCGAGGCAAGUGUGUGAUUAUCUACAUCUUUAUCCAGAGCCAAGUGCUAGCCUUGUCUCUAUUUAUAUUAUCUAUUAUAUUGUCCAGUUUGUGUUCUCUGAAAAAUAUUUCUGUGCUGAUAAAUACAUAAUUUCUUACUGCAAGCCUCAGCUGACAGGAAGUUGUAAAAUUUAAUAUUACAAGAAUUUCAUGUCUGACGCUGUCUCCUGUAAUGUUGGUGUACUUCAUGACAUUGUUAUGUGGUGUUUAACUCAACGAGCUAUUCUGCAAGGCCAGCUGUUUAUACGUGAAAUCGGUGGUGCAUAUGCAUGUCUGAAGCGGUUUGUUGAUAUUAAACAUUUGAGGUUUGGUUGUCCCAUGGUAAAACUUCAGAUUCUUGGCAUUACACUUUGGACGGAGUAGUCAGAGUGCUAGACAAGAUGGUGCAUGAUUUUGUUUCCUCUCCUAGCUUCCCAGAGAUCCCUUUGAACUAAUACUUUAAAUCACUUUUAACUAGAGCCAUGAAGAAAAUAUUCAAGAAUAUGAACUACUCUGAGAACAAGGUGUGAAAUUUGUUAUGUAGCUCUUGAUAUUUUACUCAUGUUUUACGGUGCCAAUGCAAAUAUUCAGUAUGAAUAGAGCUUGUGCCCCAGACCAGAGUUAAGAAUGCUAAACAACUGGCUGCUUUAUGUUGUCCUUUUUUAUUUGGAAAAGCCCUGAUUUUUGUGUUUCCUUCACCUCUCAGGUUAGCACGAAUUACCAUUAUAUCUGCAGCAAUAUUCUGGGUAGCUGUAUAUUGACCUUCUGCCCGCAUACAAAUACUGAAAUUAUUUUAUCCACUAAAAGAACAUUAUAGAGGAUGGAAAGCAACUUUAAUUUUAUGUUGUUAUUUUUCCCUUCGAUUUUAUAUCUCAACAGACUUUUUAAAUGUUUUUGUUCUGUUCCACUGCAGCCAAGUGGAUUUCGCAUCAGUUUGAGACAGCACCUUAAAAAUGUCCUGACUGUCUUACUUUGUGUGCCCUCUCCUAGAGAAACUGCUGUGGAAAAUAAAAUGUAGUUGAAGGACAUGUUUGUUUACGUUAUGCAGAAACUGUGGCUAUUUACUUUCAUUGUUUUUGUCUUUACCUCAGAUUUUUUUGGAAGUAUACCUGUGUGCCAUCACUGUUGGUGGGUUAAGAUGCAGUUCUGUGUAUUUACAGAUUUUUGUUGUAAUUAACAUUUUUCUUACAAAACAAAGAAAAAUACUCAUGAUUCUGCCUUUUAAGCUUUAGCCAUGUGUUUGUUGAAAUCAAGCAGUAGAGCAGAUAUUUUUAGGUGCCUUUGGUUCCUUUCAUGCAUACGGUCCAAGGUGGGAUGAUUCAGGAGCAGAACUCCCUGGCCAUUGGUGUCACAUCAAGGGACAGAAGGGGCAGUCGGGUGAGGGGCUGCCCCGAGCCUCUGGGAUCGAGCUGGCUCCUUGGGAGGAGCAGGGAUGCUUCCCACAGCCACGGCUCUUGCUGGAGUCUGAGUGCAGUGAGUGUGAAGGCCCAGACUUUGGGGCUGUUGAUACUAUUUUAGAAAAGGCUUUUACCUGUCACAUGCAUGAGAACUUAACAGGCUUUUCUUCGAGUCCUGCCUGAAACAAAAGCACAGAUGUCACAUCGUUGGAAUUCCUUUGCUUGGCGGUGAAACUGGCAGGAAUGGGAUCCUCUGUAUCUGUGGGAAGGGAAAGGUGCAAAGCCUUGCUCUCAGAGGAGUUGUGUGAAUGCCUUCCUUGGGCCCACGAGGAAGUUUGGGCAGCAGAACUCACCGUGCCCUGCUUGUCUCGCUGGGGCCGCAUGGGACCUUUGAGCCAAGUUCAAGAACAGGCUCCAGUGGGGAUCCUCAGCUCUCCAGUCCAGGCAGUGUGGGACAAAGAACAAGUUGAAAUCAUCACAGAAGGAUAAAGUGCGUCAGUUUAUGGUCUUCACACAAUCUAGUGAAAAGACAGCAGUGAGUUGUCUGUCUCAAAAUGACUGGAAGUUAGAUGUUGCAACAGACAACUUUUUCCAAAAUCCUGAACUUUAUAUACGAGAGAGUGUUAAAGGAUCACUGGACAGAAAGAAGUUAGAACAACUAUAUAACAGAUACAAAGAUCCUCAAGAUGAAAAUAAGAUUGGUAUAGAUGGAAUACAGCAGUUCUGUGAUGACCUAGCUCUCGACCCAGCCAGCAUCACCGUACUCAUCAUCGCGUGGAAAUUCCGGGCUGCGACACAGUGUGAAUUUUCAAAGCUGGAAUUCAUGGAUGGAAUGACUGAGCUGGGAUGUGACAGCAUAGAAAAACUGAAGGCCCAGAUUCCUAAAAUGGAACAAGAAUUAAAAGAGCCAGGAAGAUUUAAAGAUUUUUAUCAGUUUACUUUCAACUUUGCAAAGAACCCGGGACAGAAAGGUUUAGAUUUAGAAAUGGCCAUUGCCUACUGGAAUUUAGUACUUAAUGGAAGAUUUAAAUUUCUAGACUUGUGGAACAAAUUUUUGUUGGAACAUCAUAAAAGAUCAAUUCCUAAGGAUACCUGGAACCUUCUUCUAGACUUUAGUACAAUGAUAGCAGAUGACAUGUCUAACUAUGAUGAGGAAGGGGCAUGGCCAGUUCUUAUUGAUGACUUUGUGGAAUUUGCACGCCCUCAAAUUGCUGGGACAAAAAGUACAACAGUGUAGCACUAAAGGACCCUUCUAGAGUGUACAUAGUCUGUACAAUACCUGAAAUGGAAAAUUGCACAGUCAAUUUCUGCUGGCUGGACUGAACUGAAGAUCAAUCCUCACAAUAUGGCUGAGGGUUGAGACAAACCUUUAAGGAUACAUCUUGGACCAUAUCAUAUUUCAUUCUUCUACUGGUGGUUUGGGCUUUUCUUCUAGUCUGGACCACUCUUGCCCGUUAAAAUUCCAACACUGUGGAUUUCAUCAUGGAUUUAUUUUUUGUUGGUGGAUCACCCUAGUUUCAUCUCCCAUAAGUCCUAGAAGCUUUAUAAUUAUUUUGAGGUUUCUGAUUUCACAUAAAGCACAAUGCUGGUCAUCAUCAGACAACUGUUGUAUGGCAUCUGAAUUAUACAGAUCAACAUCAAAACAAUUUUUAAAAGAAUCCUUAAAUACACACUUGGGGCUAGUUGCAAAGACUGUACUGAUAGCACUUCCUGCAAGAGUGAUAUAUUUAAGUGUACUGGGUCCGAGUUUUUUCUUUCCUGGAAAAGUGCAGGUGUCGUCUGAGCUUGAGUCUCUGUCACAGCAGUGACAGGAAUGACCCAGGAGCCCCAGGGCUGUUGAUUGGAGGUCUCUGGUGCCUGGCUGAGGUUUGCUGGUGGUUCAGCUGCUCUGGGGACAGCUUGGGGACGACACAGGUUGAGCACUUCCCCCCCGGGCCAUGGCAGAGCCCGCAGUGGGCUGAGCUGUGUCCUCACAGGAGCCAGCGUUCUCUAGGUUGCUCUCUAAGAAAUCAGAUUUCAUUACAGUUUUGAAAUGCUUAUCUGUCUGUCAAAGAAAGGUUUUUCAUUUCUGUGGAAAUCAAACACUUGAAUAUACUGAAUUUGUGUCUUAACUGUUUGCUACACAAUACAGUAUUUUAAAUUGAGACAUGUGACUUUUAUGGCUGAGGUGUGACAAAGCAAAUGGCCCUGUUGUACAAGAAGCUGGUGAGGUUGAUGUGAAUCUGGGUUUUGAAACCAUUAUCCUGGUAAGUUAAGUCUUCAUAACAUAGAGGUACUGCCAUUAUGGAUGACACCCUUUUUUAAAUUAUUUUGCUGAGUUUUCCUUAAAUUGACGUAUCACUGUGGUUGCCAAAUACAGAAAUUCAAAGUAAAGCUUUCCCAAACAAGCACAGAUCAGAUCCAAACUACUCCACUGGCUUUGUUUGUUUAAAUUAUUUUGUUGAUCAUCACUACUUCUGUCUUGCUGCAUUUGACUAAAUUGCUUCAUUUGGAUCAAAGCAGGUUUUAUCAAAUGCAGUUCUUUAAUAAUACAAGAGCUCUUGAGCUGCUUUUAUGGUCUUUUACUCCUCACUGAGUUACUUGUGAAGAGAUGUGCUAAAUCCUGCUCUGGAAAACAAGCUGGAAAGAACGAGCUCCAGGAGAGGAGACAGACCAUACUUACAAGUGAGAAGAGGGGGUUUAAGUCCAUGCUCUAAAUAGUGCCCUGAUAAGGCAAGAAUUAUUCUUGAGAUGAGUCAUUGGUACUUGGCACUAGACUGCAGCACGAUUUUAUGCAGAUGCUAAAAGUAUUUUAAAGAAAAAUUGACUUAAACAGCUAAAAUUUUUAUUUGUACUCUGUGCAGUUGACAUUAAGCCUGGCUCCCCUUACAGCAGUGCCCUUUUGGCAAAUCCAGUUAUGCAUUUAUUCCAAAAAUACAAUUCCUCAAAAACAUUGCAGACUUUCUCCAGCUACUGGAAUUGGCUAUGCCAAAAACUGUGUGUUUUGCUGCUUUCAGUAUUUCCUUUCUCAGUUUUGUGUAAAUAAAAACGGGGACUUGAAAUUAUGGGGUGGGUGGGGUGGAAAAAAAAGAAAAGCUCGACAAGGUUAUCUCUGCGUGCUGUUUUCUGUCUUGAGGGUUUUGGUACUGUUUCAGAUUGAUUAGUUCAAGUAUGCUGUGCUUGGAGAGCAGAACUGACUUGCUUUUCAGCCCAAUGCAGACUUGUCCCUCAAAAAUGUCUGGGAUUGGGCAAUGGCAAAAUGCCGUGGUGUUUUAGAGACUCUUCCUUUUGAAUGCAAGAUCUUUCCAACAAAAUAGUGUUGUCAUCAGUUUGGUACUACAUGCUUAUAAUUACUGUGUAAUUAUAAAGAAAUACAUAAAAACUUUGACUAAUUAUGUUGCAGAAAAGGGUUAUUUGUGCUAUCAUGGCAUCUUUAAAAGUUUUUCAAAAUGACUGAAGUUGAAAGAAACAUUGAUUUAACAGGGUGUUGUUCUAAGGACAAAAUGCCUGGUUACAGGGAAUAUUUUGUACUGAAACGUGCUCGGAUGUGGCCAUGUGUUUUUUUUCCUUUAUAUAUGUGUGGGGUUGGUUUUUUUUUUGUUUGUUUGUUUGUUUUUUUUUUUUUUUAAGAAUGCAGCCGUUGCUUACUUGGAUUGCUUUAAUUCGUAAGUGCUUAUGUCUUCAAUUUGAUGAUCUCCCCGCAAAUGGAUUGAUUUAAUUUUGCCAAAUGUCAAGGAAAAAAAAAUGAAGGCAAACAUCAAGUUUGUAAACUGUUUUUAUACAUUAAGAUAUGUACAAAAUUAGAAGUGCCCUGAUAUAAAACACUUAAUCUCGAGAUUAUAUUUAGUAAAAACCCAUCAUUUACAUAUCUCUGUAAGUUCAAAAUGUAACUUCUUACAAUCCCUCUCAUUACCAACAGAGGCAAUAAAGCUCCAGUGAAAUUGC